AUGAUGCGGCCAUCUUGAGAUCGUUAGAAGGAAACUAACAGUACAACCAGAAGGACGGUAACAUCUAGGUACGGCAGCGGCGUGUCUAACAUCUUAACAUCACCACCAUGGCUGACCCGGAAAAACAGCCCGAACAACCCGCGGCUGUGCAAAAAAAAACAAUCAUUGCUACCAAAGUCACCGGAACCGUUAAAUGGUUCAACGUGAAGAGUGGCUACGGGUUCAUCAACAGAAAUGACACCAAGGAGGAUGUGUUUGUCCAUCAGUCGGCGAUUGUUAAAAACAACCCGAAAAAGGUCGUACGUAGUGUAGGUGACGGAGAAGUCGUCGAAUUCGACGUGGUAAUUGGCGAGAAGGGAAAUGAGGCGGCUAAUGUCACUGGACCCGAAGGGGAAGCAGUUAAGGGAUCGCCCUACGCCGCUGAUAAACGCCGUGGAUAUCGCCAAUGGUUCUAUCCAAGACGCGCAAACGCCAGACCUCAACGAAGACCACGUGAAGGACAAGAAGGUCAAGCGUCUGGUGAUGGCAAACAGGAAGGAGAAGCUAACGCUGGUGAAGGUGGACCUCAAGUGCGUCGUUAUAGACCAAGACGUCAUUACGAUGGAUAUUAUCAAAGAGGAGGACGUCGUUCAGGUCCAUCUCAACAACAAGGUGAAAAUGGGACCGAGGGUGGAGAGCAAGGAGGUGAAGGAACUGGCGACGUUGCACCCCGUGGCGGUGGACGUGGACGAGGCGGUCCAUCACGUCGCUUUUUCCGUCGCAAUUUCCGCGGUGGUAGAGGUGGUGGUCCUUCUAGACGUCCUCGUAGCCAGGAUGGACAGGUGAGUGAGGAGGAAGAAUGUUCUUGUGAGGGUGGUGAAAAUGGGUUUACCCAAAGAAUUCAACAUCCUCGUCAUAGAAGAAGUGUUCCCCGUCAAAAUCGUAAUAAUAAACGAAGUGCAAAUAAAGAAAAUGUCCAACCCUCUGGGAAUAAUAGUAUUGAAACCCAUCAGUCAAUUGCAGUUAAAACUGUCGAUCAAAAUAUUCAGGUAUUAUUUAUUCGCGAAUCAAGUUUUAAAUUUAAAAAAAACAUUUUUAAGUAACUAUUAAACUGAUAAAACUUAAUUAUAAAAUUUACUAACGUUAAUGAUUUUCUUUUCAAAAUUAUUAUCAAUGGAAAAUGUGGAUACAAUCAUAUAUAGCUGAAAAUACGUCAGCAAUUUUAAACUUGAAAUUUAAUUCUAUACGUGUGCUUUCUUCUCUUUCUCUUGCUCGCUUCGUUUCUUAGUAGUUUCUUGUUUGCUUUUGUUUUGUGAAUGUUCUUAGUAUAGUUAUCUUUAUUUGAAGAAAGUUGUCUGUGCUCAAAUUUAGUGAUGCCACAACUUUUGGAACACGACCCGUGUUGCUGGGGAAUCGGUAUAUACUCAGUUUAUUUCACUCUUGCUUCCAUCUUCCUUCUCUACUUUUCUUCCUAGUAAAACUUUUUAAGUGUUAUCUAAAUUACAUUUAUAUAUAUAUUUUUUCUCUUUUUAUUUUAAUUUUAUUGUUAUAUCCAAAUUAAACACAAUUUUGUCUCUAAAAUUGCUUUUCUGAAUUAAAUAAUAAUUAAUUUCUUAAACUGAAAAUUUAAUUUUCGUUAAAACAUACUUGGAAGUUGUCAAUUAUUAGACCUUGAGCACAUACACUUUUUACACAUAUUUUUUUUUUUGCUUUUUUUUGCUCUUUUCAGUUCGAGAAGUAUUCGAAUGCUUAUAAAGGUG